AUGAGCAAGACCCAGCAACCACUCUCUGACCUGGAGAAGGCCAUGGAUGUCAUCAUCGAUGUCUUCCACCAGUACUCAAGACGGGAGGGGGACCUGGACACCCUGACCAAGGGCGAGCUGAAGCUUCUGAUUGAGAAGCAGCUUGCCAACUACCUGAAGCACGUGAAGAACCAGGCCACCAUUGAUCAAAUCAUGAAGGACCUUGAUCUCAACAAGGACGAGCAGCUCAGCUUCAACGAGACCAUGUUGCUGAUCAUCCGUGUGACCACUGCCACCCACGACCAUCUCCAUGAGGAGGAGGACCAGCACCAUCAACACCAGCACAAACACCAGCACCAACACCACCACUGA